UGCGCUGCUGCUGCUGCGCUUGUGCUGUGCAGUGCCGAUACCUUUGGCCCAUUUAGUGAGGCUGCAUAUUCGUUUCCAGUCAUAAUACAUACUGAUAUAUCCUACAUACGAACUUAGUCGGCUUGCUUUUGCUUAUAGGGGUUUUUAAAAGAUGGCCAUGGAGGUGGACGAUGAUUUGGACGCGGACCAGUCUGAGCAGCCAAGUUCCACUAGCUCUGCCAGGGGAGACAAAAAACGGUUUGAAGUCAAGAAAUGGAAUGCAGUUGCCCUAUGGGCCUGGGAUAUUGUCGUGGACAACUGCGCAAUCUGCAGAAAUCACAUUAUGGAUCUCUGUAUCGAAUGCCAGGCUAAUCAGGCUUCGGCAACCAGCGAGGAGUGUACCGUAGCUUGGGGAGUAUGCAAUCACGCUUUCCACUUUCACUGCAUCUCCCGGUGGCUGAAGACUCGUCAAGUUUGUCCACUUGACAACAGGGAAUGGGAAUUCCAGAAGUAUGGGCACUGAAUGACUGGGCUUCAAGGCUUCAAAAUUUAAGCAGUGUAUGAUUUGCUGCACUUCAUAAUAAAACAUUCAAUUUUUCUACUGUC